AUGCCCGGGUCGGGCGGAACACGUAGCGCCUCCACGGCCACCACCGCCGCCGCCACCACCUCGACCACCGCCCCUGCCGCCGCCGCGUCCACCGCCACCCCCACCACCGCCCCCACCCCGGCCGCCUCCUCCGCCGCUGCCUCCACCACCCCAACCGCUGCCACUAGCCCCUCCAGUCCCGCCACCGCCCCCACUGCCCCCACCACCGCCCCCACCACCGCCCCCACCGCCGCCACCGCCCCCACCACCGCCUCCCCCGCCGUCACCUCCACCUCCCUUGCCCCCUUUGCCCUUGCCGCUGCGGCGCCAGCUCGGAGCGGACGCAGUCCCGACCUGCUCAGUACCAACUAG